AUUGAUUUGAGCCUUAAGAUUUUAGUCCUUAAAGACAAGAUUUUGAAGCUGAUUUUCAUGUUAUUACUGAUCAAUGCUGAAAUGAUUUUUUAGCAGAAGGAAAAAUGCCCAAGGAGAGAACAGUGCCAAGCAAGAGGACCAGAGUGUCACCAUACCCUCUUCGCUCUUCAAGGACUCAGAGAGAGAUCAAACUUGAGUCGGCUAUCCAGACGCAAGGCCCAUGCCAGUGGGAGGAUAUUCGGUGUGUCAUCUGCCUGGAACCCCCACAUAAUGCUGUCCUCUUGAAGUGCUCUUCCUUCUCCAACGGAUGCCAUACCUAUAUGUGCGACACCAGCCGUCGUCACUCCAACUGUUUCAAGCAAUACCGCAGAAAAAACAGGAACCGCUUUACCAAAGCCAUUAGCUGUACUAACUGCAGAGGAGAGGUUAACGAGACGAUCAAGGUGUCGGCUGCAAGGAGAUAUUUCAAUGCUAAACCGAGAGCCUGCGCUUUUGACGGUUGCACCUUCUCGGGGACUUAUACUCAACUUGAGAAGCACUUGAAAGCUUAUCAUCCUCGUUUCACCAAACCAUUGGUCGAUCCCGAGAGACAGCGGGCGUGGGAAGAGAUGCAGAGAGCUGAUGAGUACACUGAAAUCAUGACUGCAGCGGGUCUUACUCUUGCGCAUCAUAACAUCCCCCCGGUGGAUCAUAUGCAUCAUCAUCAGUUUCCUCCUCAUUCGGUGAUUCAGCUCAGCGUCAAUGAAGUGGUACGGAACUAUUUCUUUGCUGCUUCGCCUCUCAUGCCAACAAGAGUGGAUAUUCAAGCCAUGGCCAUAGUUUCCAGUUGGACUCCGUCCUGAAGAAUUCAAAAUUUUGAAUGUUUGUUCAAAGUUUUUGAUGUUUAAUAGCUUUUUGUUGAUGUCUCAAUAGCAUCGUCCCUGAUGUAUAACUUAUUUAGGUUAUCAUAUAUGCAGCGGUUUCAAC